UUUGCGAAAGAAACUCUUCCGCAAAUUGUUCGCUAACUCGGCACAAGAACGAAGGUUCGCUUUAGCGAACAAUUUGCGAAAGAAAGUCUUCCGCUAAUUGUUCGCUAACUCGACACAAGAACGAAGGUUCGCUUUAGCGAAUAAUUUGCGAAAGAAACUCUUCCGCUAAUUGUUCGCUAACUCGAUACAAGAACGAAGGUUCGCUUCAGCGAACAAUUUGCGAAAGAAACUCUUAAGCAAAUUGUUCGCUAACUCGAUAAAUUUUCGGAGUGGCAGCACAUUUUUGUUUUGACAAGCGUUGCUCGAGCAGUGAACAUAAAAUAAAGUGAAAUAUUAUUAAUUCUAGCAUUUAAGGUGAUUAAAUAACCAAAAUAAAGUUUGUUUCAUAAAAUUUGCAUUUGAUUGUAGUUUACGCGUGUGUAUAAUGCCAAACAGAAAGUGUCGCAAUUUUAUACGCGAGGCUAGCCAUGUAGCAGCCGCAAUAGCUACCAAAAGGAAAGCUUUGCCUGAAGUACCAGAAGGCUUGGAGAACAGCCUAGACGUUGCGGUUAUUGGCGACAGCGGAUGCUUAAUCCCGAUCGACAUCCAACCAAACUGCACCGACUUAGUGCCUCCAUGUACUGCAAUUGGUGACAUCGAUAUUUCAACCACAACAAGCAGUCAAGUUGAAGGGGAGCCUUUCACAAUAAGAUUAGCAAAAUGGGUGUCUGCUAAUAACAUUAGUAAACAGGCGGGAAAUGCAUUGCUAGUUUUGCUAUCUGAAAAGAUUCCCGACUUACCCAAGGACGUUCGUACUUUGAAAAGUACACCACGCAGUAUAGUGAAACGAAAAGUAGACCCAGGGGAAUACGUUCACUAUGGCGUUAGGGAUGCUCUUACAGAUUUUUUAAUUAACUCUGAUUUCCAUUCUCCAAAUAUUUUUCUUAAUGUAAACGUUGAUGGGUUGCCUUUGUUCAAAAGCUCGCUUAAACAAGCUUGGCCAAUAUUAAUAAACGUGAAUGGUACAAAACCCGUGAUGGUUGUAGGUAUUUAUGUAGGCAAUUCCAAACCAAAAGACCCAAACAUUUAUUUAAAAGAAUUCGUUGACGAGCUACAAACAUUAGUUAGAGAUGGAAUGAUUUAUCACCACAAUAUAACCGAGGAACUUGCUUUAGAAAAACUUCAAAUCGAUAUGGUAGAACAAUUUCCUUUCGAUUACAUGCACGUUGUUUGCUUAGGGGUUGUGAAAACUAUAUUAGUGGCUUGGACGAGAAAAUCAGCCGAAAACCAAGACCACUUGAUGAUUUAG